AUGCAUUAUUUUGAAAAAAAAUUUAUUAUUCAUAGAGAUUUAGCAACAAGAAAUUGUCUCAUUGAUGAUUAUGCCAAUAGAGUGAAAAUGAGCGACUUCGGUAUGGCUAGAAUUAUUUCAUCAUCAUCAUCAAUGAUUUAUGAAGAAAAAUAUGAUAAACCUUUUCCACUUCGUUGGUCUUCACCAGAAGUAUUAAUUUAUCGAAAAUAUAGUUCAAAAUAUGAUGUUUGGUCUUAUGGAAUAGUUCUGUGGGAAAUUCAUUCACUUGAUAAAAUUCCUUAUAAACAAUCGAUCUCAAAUGAUAUUAUUAUUCAAUUAAUUAAAUCUGGUCAUAUGUUAAACAAACCUGAAUUAGCAAAUCAUUUUAUUUGUAAACUAUUAAUGCUACCAUGUUAG